AUGUGCUUAUCUUGGAGGGUCGUCUCAAGUAUUGAGCAAAAGACAGAAGGUGCUGAGAAAAAACAGCAGAUGGGUCGAGAAUACAGAGAAAAAAUUGAGACCAAGCUAAGAGAUAUCUGCAAUGAUGUACUGUAUCUGUUGGAAAAGUUCUUGAUCCCCAAUGCUUCACAAGCAGAGAGAAAAAUCUUCCAUUUGAAAAUGAAAGGAGACUACUACCGUUACUUGGCUGAGGUUGCUGCAGGGGAUGACAAGAAAGGGAUUGUGAAUCAGUCACAACAAGCAUACCAAGAAGCUUUUGAAAUCAGCAAAAAGGAAAUGCAACCAACACAUCCUAUCAGAUUGGGUCUGGCCCUUAACUUCUCUGUGUUCUAUUAUGAGAUUCUGAACUCCCUGGGGAAAGCCUGCUCUCUUGCAAAGACAGCUUUUGAUGAAGCCAUUGCUGAACUUGAUACAUUAAGUGAAGAGUCAUACAAAGACAGCACGCUAAUAAUGCAAUUACUGAGAGACAACUUGACAUUUUGGACAUCGGAUACCCAAGGAGAUGAAGCUGAAGCAGGGGAAGGAGGAGACAAUUAA